CCCUCCCCUGGGCCGCCCAGAGCACGAAGUUGGCGGGAGCCUAUAAAAGCCGGACCGUGCGACCCGCGACACACACGGCACGGCCGCCAGACCAACGACAGCUGCUGUCCCGCCUGGAGCACCGGCGCGACCAUGUCCCAUCAUUGGGGAUACAGCGGGCAGAACGGACCUGAGCACUGGCAUAAGAGUUUCCCUGUUGCCAACGGAGAGCGCCAGUCCCCUGUUGACAUUGACACCAGGACUGCCAUACAUGACCCUUCCCUGCAGCCUGUGUCUGUCUGCUAUGACCAAGCCUCUUCCCGGAGGAUUCUCAACAAUGGCCACUCCUUCAACGUGGAGUUUGAUGACUCCCAGGACAAAGCAGUGCUGAAAGGAGGACCCCUCCACGGCACCUACAGAUUGAUCCAGUUUCACUUUCACUGGGGUUCAUCUGAUGGGCAAGGCUCUGAACACACUGUGGACAAAAUGAAAUACGCUGCAGAGCUUCAUUUGGUUCACUGGAACACCAAAUAUGGGGAUUUUGGAAAAGCUGUGCAGCAACCAGAUGGACUGGCUGUUUUGGGUAUUUUUUUGAAGAUCGGCCCUGCUACACCAGGUCUUCAGCAAGUCCUUGAUGCACUGCAGUCCAUUAAAACAAAGGGGAAGAGUGUUAACUUCGCUAACUUUGAUCCUCGUUGCCUCCUUCCUGGAAACUUGGACUACUGGACAUACUCUGGCUCUCUGACCACUCCACCUCUGCUGGAAUGUGUGACCUGGAUCGUGCUCAAGGAACCUAUCACUGUUACCAGUGAGCAGAUGUCAAAAUUCCGAAAACUGAACUUCAAUGGGGAAGGGGAACCUGAAGAACUGAUGGUGGACAACUGGCGCCCAGCUCAGCCACUAAAGAACAGACAGAUCAAAGCUUCCUUCAAAUAAGAUGGCUCUGAAGCUGGUGUCCAAACAACAAAAGUGCGGCCGUUUCUCUGUAGCCAAGCACAAUUCUACCUUGGUGGUUUGGACCCUGGCUUUGUGUCUGGUGUUGUAGACCCUUCAUCUGUCACCUCAUGUACUUACUAAUAAAAUGUGAAGAGGGAGACCAAGUAUCUGACUUGGUGGUUGUGCUGUGGCAGAUUGGUGCUUGACUUAAGAGACAGUGUCUCUGUAACAGGAUUCUAAUGGAGGGGAUAGAAACGGGCCCCUUGCCUUUGUGCAUUGUUAUCAGGUGAUGAGCACUCAGAACUGUUUGCUAAAAUGCUACUUUAAAACAUAGGAAUGUAGAAUGGUUGAGUACAAGUUUACAUCAUGAGAGAAAUGGAUAAUUUAGGCAAAUCAGGUAAAUAGUCAUGAUUUUAUGAUUAUAUACAUCAUUGGAUAAAAUAAAAAUCAGAUAAAAUAAAUGUUCCUGAUUCUAAGAUGUUAUAUUAAAGAAAACUUUUAAAAUGCUUAUAUAUUUGUAGCAAAGUUAUCUUAAAUAUGAAUUGUUAUAACUUAGUGACUUUUGAAUUCUAGAGCUGUAAAUGAAGAUGUAAAAAUUAUUAUAGUUGUGAUACAGAGUAUAUUUCCAUUCAAAUAACAUAUCAUAAUGUAACUGAUAAUGUAUUUUAGAUAUAUUCUCUAAUAAAAUUCCAAAUCCUAUUCUGAGUUAUCUUAUUGUUUGUGUCACAGAGGGCAGAAACGGAAGAAUAAGAGUGUACUUUCAGAA